AAUUGCCGGUCCAACGCCGCAACGCGGCAGCUGCAGCAGCACCAAAUCCUACACCCAAACUACCUUCCCACCACCCAGAAAUCCCCCAAACCGACCACGACGCGAACAGAUUACAGAGCCCGUACGAGAAAAUUCCCCCACGGCCGCGAUCAGAUCAUCAGAAUCCAUGGCCCAGGCUCCGGCUCCGGCUCCGGCGACCACUUCCUACGGCUGCGCGGCGUGCGGAGCCGACCUGAACCUGUCCUCGGCGCACCUGUACCCGGCGGGGGUCUACUUCGAGGCCGGGAACAAGGGCACGCUGUCCUUCUCGUGGGCGGACGAGUCGCGGCUCCGGUUGGCGGCGGAGGACAGGAUCCGCCCCUUCUUCGAGACGCUCGACUACUGGGGCAUCCAGCGGAAGCGCACCCGGAUCAGCUGCGACGCCUGCGGCCGCCUCCUCGGCCACGUCUACGACGACGGGCCGCCGGUCAUGGAAGGCACCGGGCAGUUCGGGAUGGGCCCUAGCCAGGUCGUGCCUCGCCGGCCCAGGUACCGGUUCAAGAUCAAGGCCGUCACGCCCAUCGCCGGCGGCGGCGCGGCCAGUUCUGCCGAGGCUGCCUCCGCCUAGUCAAGGCUCAAGGCCCGGUGCUUCGACUUGUUUGUGCAAGUGUUCCACUGUAAUUGGUGCCUGUAAAAACGUGUGCACAUGUAUGUAAAUCUUGGUCCGUUUGCUGCAAUAAACUUGUCGCUAGGAUGGAAUUUGAUGUGAAUAUUUAUGAUUCA